CCGCCCUCAGUUUCUAACCGCCGGGGCAGUUCAUGGCGAGAGCGACGGAACAUGUUGGAGAAGUCGCGGAUGCAUUUGAAAGUUUUCUGAUCUGUCACCGCGGGCGUCGCCAGAGCUUUCGAUGUCUCCCGCUUCUGUGGAUGCGUAAAGACUGAAAGAACCGCCACUCAGUCUCUCCAGCCCCUUUCGGUGGUCGGUUAAGUCGAUGUGAAGACGGCUCGAUGCGGUGAGGGAAGAUGGCAGCGCUGCGAGUGAAGGCGCCGGGCUGCUCCCCGGCCGAGGCCGCCUUACGGUUACCGUUGUCGAAGGACGGAGAGCCGCAGCAACAGCCGGCAGCCGGUGUGGAUUUACCGCCGCCUCCACCCCCCCCUCCUCCACCCCCCCUUCCUCAUGCAGUCCGGGAUUAUCAACUGGAGGAGCUGGAAACCGUCGCCACCGUCGGGACUGGAACUUUUGGACGAGUUCUGCUGGUCAGAGACAAGAAGAGCAGAGAAUACUGUGCUUUGAAAGUGAUGAGCAUUCCUGAUGUAAUCCGGCUUAAACAGGAACAGCAUGUGCAUAAUGAGAAAAGUAUCUUAAGCGAGAUCCAUCAUCCAUUUCUUAUAAGGCUAUACUGGACGCAUCAUGAUGAACAGUUUUUAUAUAUGUUGAUGGAAUACGUGCCUGGAGGAGAACUGUUUUCUUACUUACGUAACCUUGGACGUUUCAACAAUAGUUCUGGACUUUUUUACUCUGCAGAGAUUGUGUGUGCAAUAGAAUAUCUACAUGCCAAAGACAUUGUUUACAGAGAUUUAAAGCCUGAAAAUAUUCUACUGGACAGAGACGGUCAUAUUAAGCUUACUGACUUUGGAUUUGCAAAAAAACUUGUUGACCGAACUUGGACACUCUGUGGGACACCAGAAUAUCUCGCGCCAGAAGUUAUACAAAGUAAAGGUCAUGGGAGAGCUGUGGACUGGUGGGCAUUGGGUGUGCUGAUGUUUGAAAUGCUUUCAGGCUACCCACCAUUUUUUGAUGACAACCCUUUUGGCAUUUAUCAAAAGAUUCUUGCUGGAAAGUUGGACUUCCCAAGACACCUGGAUUUCUAUGUGAAAGAUCUCAUCAAAAAACUUCUAGUUAUUGACCGGACAAGACGAUUAGGGAACAUGAAGAAUGGAGCAGAUGACAUUAAGCGACACAGAUGGUUUAAAUAUGUGGAUUGGGAAUCAGUACCUCUAAGAAAACUAAAGCCACCAAUAGUACCGAAGCUAUCUCACGAUGGGGACACGUCCAAUUUUGAAUCCUAUCCUGAAAAUGAGUGGAAAAAGAUCCCACCUGUUCCUCCCAAGGAUCUGGAAAUUUUCAAGACUUUCUGAUUAUGCUACUAAACAAGAGCGCUGAUGAGAAGUGUGACUAAAUGGAACAUGUUUGUAAGAAGGAUCGGACAUCAAAUUGCACAUUUUAUUCUUCUCUUGUUUUUGCUACAUGGCCUGUCUGUGCCUCUGACCUCGGCCGAGUUAGCACAUUGAAAGGUUCCAUUCGGAAUCAUGGUUUGACUUCAGUACCGAUCAGUAUGCUGUUACUUAAAGGUGUACAUUAAAGAUUGGAGGUCGAAACUGGAAUUUUCUUUACAUGGAAAUGUGGUAUAGAUAAUGUAAAAUAGAAAAACAGGUCUUUUUUUAUAAAAACGAUAUUAUUGCAUGUCCAUUAUGGCACCUGUUUUUAAUAAUUGAAUUCCUGCUUAUUCUAAAAUGUGGUAUUAGCCAGAUUUCUUUAUUAUUAUAAAAUUGCCUUGAUUGACAAGCACAAGUAUUUCCUUACAACGAUUUAUUUUUUAAGAAAAGAGUUAAUUGUGUUUAUAAAGAUGUAAAACUAGGAUCGUAUAACUUUGUAUAUACAGAUAACUGAAGUGGGGGCACUAUGCAAGUAUAAAAAUCAUUUCUAAGUUUUAUGGUUUUUGUUUUGUGUAGAAUCAGAUUACGGUUUUUAUGAAAGAUAUAUGUAUAUAGAAUUUCUGUUUAAUGGGAUCAUCCUAAAUACCAGCAUUUUGCUAUUCUUUUUAUUUGACAUUGUAAGUAUUCAAUGCCAUAGUGCAGAGAGCUCAAAUUGCAGGUUCAUUUCUUUUUCUGACCCACGCUUACAAUUUGAAUACUGUGUAUUGUUCAUUGACUGAGUCAGAAUGCUAACUGAGCCCGUUACCACUUUGUUAGCUUCGAUGUCAUUGAUUAGGAGAAGUGGAGAAAUGGCAAACAAUUAAGGGUUUUAAUUCUUAAAAACUUUUUAUCUAUUUUGUUCCUUUCUGGAAGUUGUGCCAGAAAGCAUAUGGAAUAUUGAGAGGAUGAAGAUAGGAAAGAGAUGGAAAUCAAAACUAGUGAGUUUAAGUGAAUGAAUUAUAACAGAUGGAGUAAAUCUGUCCGAAUCUUGAGUGAAAUAUUGGAAAGGGUAUAUUGAUACAUCUUGUUUACCUAUGUACCAGGUUUAAACAGCAAACAGUAAAGGAAGUAAUUUUUGGCUUGAUCAUGACACAAGGUUUCUGUUGUGUUUAUCUGGACAAGUGUGAAUGCACUUUUAUCAUCUGUUUAAUUGAUUGGAAUAGCCCCUAGAAAGGCAUUUAACAUAGUUAUAUUCAACAUCUUUCCUUUUUCAUCUGCCAACCGACCCAACUCAUUAUAUGAGGAAUCGUGGUAUUACCACUCAAGUUCCACUGUCAUGCAUGACACGUACUGCCUUUAUGUUCUUCUUGAAAUUUCAUAAAGAACCCACCACAGAUAGUAUCUGAUUCUCGCAGAAUAUCAGCACAUAAACAUCUCCUCAGAAUAACAGGUCAUAAAAAUCUGUUCCUUUUUUAAAUCUGGCUUAUGCACUGAACUUUACAGUUUACAUUUCUCAAUGAUUUUGUCUAACUGUAUGUACUUGUUCAAGUUUGAUGACUAAAAUGCUAGACUGAUAAUGAAUAGCUAGCUGUACAAAACUAUGUAUGUGAAAUCAGGUAUGUCCGCUGUAAAGACAUUUUAUUGUAUGUGUGUAUAUAUAGUGUACUUAAUUUGUCAAUCCUAAUCAUCCUUGUUUUCUGUGAAUGUUUAUAUAAUGAGAUACUGUUCAAGGUCAAGGUUAAAAAUCAAUCUCCCUUUUUUCCACUAACUAUUUUAUCCAAGAACAAUUUAACAAGUAUGAAUAUUAUAUUCAUAUAGCCUUUAUUAAUGUACAUAGACAAAUUUCUAACUUGUUUUAUGUACUAAAAAUACUUUAUUUUGGUCUCCUGUUAAAUGUGUGCUCUUGAAUAAUGGUUCUUUUUUAAAAAAAACCUUUGGUUCUAUUUUUAACAGGAUUACACAGUUUUGAAGGUAGUGUAAGUUUACAAAGUUCCAUCUUUGCUGUGAUGAUCAUGACAGUUAAUUUUCACCUCACACAACCUGAAAUCCACGCAACUCACAUCUUGUGGGCAAGCAAAAGAAACAUGAACCAUGUACAUUGGUCAGAAGACCAAGGUGGGCAUGCAUUGAAACUUCUGGCGGUAACGGUUGUAAUUUUUUAAAAAAGGUACUGCAUCUUCCUAUCGACUGACCUGUUGAGGACUUUGGAAUUGUAAGAAGCAGAAUAGACUGCCACCCUGUACAGCUUAUACUGUAUUUGUUAUGUAAUUGAAUUGUAAAUAUUGAAAUACAAAUGUUAAUUGUUGAUGGAAAACAUUUUUAAUCAACUGUACUUGUUCUGAAUUUGCUUUACAGGAACUGAUGACAAUCUGACAUUGAAAAGUAAUUGAUAUCAGGGUAUUGGCAUUGUUUAAUUCUUUUCGGUGCUUCAUUUGUUUGCUGUCAACCUAUAUCAAUUCAGUCAAUUUAAAUCUAAUGAAGAAUUGAAAAUAUUUAGUUUUUUUUAAAAGAUUGAUGCUUCCAUGUAUGCCUUGACCAAUGUACUCUGAUGUAUGAUUGGAAAAAUAGACAUGAGGCCACUAGUCUGUGUUUGGCCAGUGAUCAUUGAAACCAAUCAGUUGUGAACCUGCUGGAGUCCAUAUGUGGUGGAUCAAAUCUGUGGCUUUUAUGUAAAAUAGCAUUGUUACAUCAUCCAUCCAACUUCCUAGUGGCUUCCUGUUACCUAACAAAUACAGCCGGGCCAAGGUUAGCAUACUGUCUUGGCCAAGAGUAAGAUCCUCAUUUGUUGCAAAGAAGCAGCUUAUUGAGUUUCAUCUUUUAAUUUGUAUUACGUUUUGUAACAAUUUGGACAGUGUUCUGUUGUACAUACUUCAGGACAAUUAAACACAGGCUGUUUUGAUUUUAAAGGCACAACCCCAAAUUCCAAGACUCCAGUCUAUAAUUUGUGAGAUUAGCAGUGUUUUUACAAGUCCCUAACACUCAAAAAUUUGCCUUUUCCGUUCAAUGUAGAAUCAUAUGACCUAGGGAUUGUAAUGUGAAAGCCCCCGUGUGCACUGGAAGCUGAUACCUGACAAGUGGAUUCAUGAACACUAAUGAGGGGAAACCAGUUCUAGUUCAACGAGUUUCUUUGAGUUUUUGUUAAACAUUGAAAGUAAAAAGAACAUCAUCACAUAUCUAAUUGUGGACUGAAUUCAGUUCAGGUGUUGAAAUCCUGGAAACUCCUCCGCUGCUAACUUUAAGAAGCAAAAUCCCUUCUCCUUCAACUGUACUCUGAUGUUGGCUGAAUAUGUUACAGCAGACUCAAAGCCAAAGGUCUCCCUCAGUUCAAUGCGUGUGAGGAUCAGCUCACUUGAGCUGCCGGUCAAACCUGCUACUGCCUUUCCCAGGUAUAAGCUUCCUGGAGAUGUUAUCCUCUUGCUGGGGCCAAGUGAAAGGGCCAUUGUAGCAUAUUACAUGAGAAUUACUGAAAGCAUUUGCAAGCUUUAUUGUCUUACACUGAUGUGGUAUGCAAGAAAUACUAUUCUGCCAGAUGUUUCUUCUUUAAUUCACAUUCUAGAAGCAUGGUGCUGUGUGGAUUUAGCCUCUAGAGAGUUGAGGUUACCUUAAGAGUAUAAGUUUAAUUUAAGAUCUGAAACUUGCCCUAGGCUUGGGAGUCAUGGCUAUGAAAACUUGAAACAACACGAGAUAGAUCAGUGUUUUUUUUCUCUCCUGAGCAGUCACUUUAAAGUGCAAUCUGUAAAUCAAGUAAUGUAUAAAAACCUGCCGAAACAUGAUGCAGAAGAUUCUUCAGCAUUAAUUGAAUGAGGUGUGAUUAUUAACAUUUUCAUCCAAAAUCUGCUUAAUUACUGCAAUUAGUCAGACAUGUUUGAAAUUGUGAAUGAAUUUUGCAGCAUUGUACAGUAACUGAUUUAUUCUUUCAAUUGCUACAGCAUAGCCAAACAGCUGGGUUUGCCUUCUUGGAUUGUUACUUUUACAAUA